UCGUAUAAAGAAGGGUGCUCUGGGUGCUCACACAAACCCCUGCUUAGGGUGUGUGCCUUUGGUUUCUACAGCCAUUCAGAGUUUAAGGUUCCUGAGCACAACUAGAUCGCUUUGAAGGGUCUGGAGAUUGUGGAAACAUGGCCAGGCAUCUCACGUUGUGUUUCAUUUUGCUGGUCAUACUGAUUGACAAGAGUGAAGCCUGUUUCUGUGACCACUACCCAUGGACUCACUGGUCCAGCUGUUCUAAGUCCUGCAAUUCUGGAACCCAGAGCAGACAGAGACAAAUAGUAGUGGAUGGUUACUAUUGGGAAAAUGGAUGUGAUGAGCUUUGUACCAAGCGGGAGACCAGACAGUGCAACAUGCAGACAUGUCCCAUCAACUGUGCCCUAGGAGACUAUGGGACAUGGUCAGACUGUGACCCUUGUACUGAAAAACAGGUUAAAGUUAAAUCUGUCCUGCGCCCAAGUCAGUUUGGGGGGCAACCAUGCACAGAGCCCCUGGUGACCUUUCAACCGUGUGUCCCCUCCAAGCUCUGCAAAAUUGAAGAGACUGACUGCAAGAAUAAAUUCCUCUGUGACAGUGGGCGCUGUAUUCCCAACAAGUUACAAUGCAAUGGAGAGAAUGACUGUGGAGACAAUUCAGACGAAAGGAACUGUGGGAGCACAAAGAAAGUGUGCACACGGAUAUACAUUCCCAUCCCUAGCGUGCAGCUGAUGGGCACUGGGUUUCAUUUCUGGUCAGGAGAGCCCAGAGGAGAAGUCCUUGAUAACUCUUUCACUGGAGGAAUAUGUAAACUCGUCAAGAGCAGUCGAGCCAGUAAUCCAUACCGUGUUGCAGCCAAUCUGGAAAAUGUCAACUUUGAGGUACAAACUAUAGAAGAUGACUUGAAAACAGAAUUCUACAAGGAUUUAACCUCUUUUGAAAAUAAAAAGGAAACCACUGAUUCAUUCAGUGGUAUGACAGAUUCUUCCUAUAGAGGAUUUUUCUAUUCCUCAGAGGAACGUAGAAGUUUCAAAUAUAGCUCUGCCUUCCAAAAAGUCAUUAAAGCCUCCCACAAGAAGGAUUCUAGCUUUAUCAGGAUCCAUAAACUGAUAAAAGUCUUAAACUUCACAAUGAAAGCGACAGACCUGCAGCUUUCAGAUGUCUUCCUGAAAUCCCUUGUCCACCUGCCUUUAGACUACAACUCUGCUGUGUACGGCCAGAUAUUUGAUGACUUCGGGACCCACUACUUCACCUCGGGCUCCCUGGGGGGCAAGUAUGACCUUUUCUACCAAUUCAGCCGCCAGGAGCUACAGAACUCAGGUUUAACAAAAGAAGAAGCUCAAAACUGUGUCCUCUAUGAAACAAAGAAACGGUAUGUCUUUGUUAAAAAAACACACAAGGAAGAAAAGUGCACUACAAACAAGCUGUCUGAAAAAUACGAAGGUUCCUUUUUGCAGGGAUCAGAGAAAUCCAUUUCCCUGGUCCUGGGCGGGAGGAGUCAGGAGGCAGCAGCCUUGGCAUGGGAGAAGGGCACCUCUGGUCCAGAGGAGAAGGUCUACUCUGAGUGGUUAGAAUCGGUGAAGGAAAACCCUGCUGUGGUUGAUUAUGAGCUUGCCCCGAUCACAGACUUGGUCAGAAACAUCCCGUGUGCAGUGACAAAACGGAACAACCUCAGGAGAGCGCUUCUAGAGUAUGCAGCCAAGUUUGACUCUUGCCAGUGUGCGCCAUGUCCCAAUAACGCCCGCGCCAGGCUCUCAGGCACCGAAUGCCUGUGUGUGUGCCAGAGCGGCACCUACGGUGAGAACUGCGAGCACAGGUCCCCGGAUUACAAAUCUGAUGCAGUAGAUGGAAAUUGGGGCUGCUGGUCUUCCUGGAGUGCAUGCAAUGCUGCUUAUAGGAGAUCAAGAACCCGAGAGUGUAAUAACCCUGCGCCACAGCGAGGAGGAAAAAGCUGUGAUGGCAUGAAUAAGCAAGAAGAAGACUGUACAUUCUCAAUAAUGGAAAAUGUUGGACAACCAUGUAUCAAUGAUGAUGAAGAAAUGAAAGAGGUAGACCUUGCUGGGUCAGAAUCAGAUUCAGGGUGUCCUCAACCACCUCUCCCGGAAAAUGCAUUUAUCUGGAAUGAGAAGAAAGUGUACUCAGUUGGGGAGGAUGUUGAAAUUUCAUGUCUUACUGGCUUCACAGCUGUUGGAUUCCAGUACUUCAGAUGUUUACCAGACAGAACCUGGAGGCAAGGAGACGUGGAAUGCCAACGGACUGCGUGCCUCAAGCCCGUUGUUCAGGAUGUCCUGACCGUCUCCCCCUUUAAGAGAGUGUAUCAGAUUGGGGAAUCCAUUGAGCUGAAAUGCCCCAGAGGUUUUGUUGUUGCUGGACCAUCAAGGUAUACAUGCAAGGAAGACUCCUGGACACCUCCCAUUUCAAGUUCAUUGACCUGUGAGCAAGAUAUUCUGACAAAGCCAAAGGGCCUUUGUCCACUGGGACAAAAACAAUCUGGAUCCGAGUGUAUUUGUAUGUCCCCAGAAGAAGACUGUAGCGGUUAUUCAGAAGAUCUCUGUAUAUUUGAUGAGGGAUCCAGCCAGUACUUCACUUCAUCCGCUUGCAAAUUUUUGGCUGGAAAAUGUUUAAGCAACAGCCAGUCCCACUUUGUCCAUUCUGGUUCCUGCCAAGAAGGCCCACAGUUAGAAUGGGGCCUUGAGAGGCUAAAACUCGCAGCGAAUAGCACAAAGAGAGUGCCCUGUGGAUACAACACCUGCUAUGACUGGGAAAAUUGUUCAGCCCACACUUCCAACUGUGUCUGCCUGUUGCCCCCACGGUGCUCCAAGGAUGAAAACCAACUCUACUGUGCCAAAAUAGGGUCAUCGAUGCUUAGGAAAACAGUAAACCUCUGUGUGAUGGGAGCUGUGAGGUGUGCAAACAUAAAGGUGGAAAUACUGAAUCCUGGGAGGUGCCCGGAUUAGCGUUGCUAGCGAUAAGAGAAUUUACUAUUCAAAAACAAUGGACAGGAAGUGAGGAAACUGAAUGGAUGGGAACACAUAUGUAUAAUGACACAUAUGUUCAGGAAUGUCAUAAUAAAAACCUAUUACUUUGUAUAAUAACCUAAAAAAAAUUGUAAGCCAUUAUACAUAGAGUA